GCCCACUCGGCCAUCUCCAACUCAGAAAUUGCCUAUCUUGGCCAUGGCUCAAACAGGUAAUUCUGCUACAGGAUUUCAAGCAAUACGAUUCCGAGGAAGUCAUUGUUUCUCGCAGUAUUUCAAGUUUUCGUAAAUGAUCCAGCUGUAUAGGGAAAGUAGCGAUCGCUGAAUCAAGUCCAUAUCUGGCCAACACACUCAUGAUAUAAGAAACACGAAUCCUUGUGGACUCUCCAUAAUAUAAUCUCACAACUCUACCUUUUAAAUUGUAUCUCGUUGGCCAAGAAUCCAAGAUGUACGCCCUCAGUUUGCUAUUAACACUCGCCAUCUUCCUCCUAAAACCCCUAGUUACCUAUCUACUCAACCCCAAAGGCUUAAACAAAUACCCUCCCUAUAGCCCCCUCUGCGCCGUUACAAACCUCGCCUGGUGUCUCGAAACAUGGCGCGGCGGAAUCCGCUCCGCCAAAUUGUGGCAAAUGCACAAAGCACAUCCAGUCAUUCGGAUCGGCCCCAACUCUCUCUCCUACGGGCACCCAGACGCAUACGCCGAUAUCUACGGGCACGGCACGAAGUGCGUGAAAGACGCAUUCUACCAGACGGAGAAGACGACGCAUUUCAACCUGGGAAAUGUGAUUGACAAGGCCGAGCAUACGCGGAAGAGGAAGAUGCUGGCAGCGGCAUUUUCGGCGGGGAAUGUGCUGGGGUGGGAGGGUAAGGUUGCGCGUGCUGUGGCGGAUUUGAUUGACGCCUGUGAUCGGCAUUGCACGGUGCCCUUGGAGAAAGGGCGUAUACCGGAUUCGAAAGACUUGAACUUUGAUUUCAGGGCCUGGUCGAAUUUCUUCACGAUUGAUGCUAUUGCAGACAUUGCGCUUUCGGAGAAGUUGGGGCUUCUCGCUGCAGGGAAUGAUGAUGUUGCUGCUAAGACGGUAGAUAGGAGGGGUGUAUAUACAGCCAGCUACCGAGACUGCUUGCAUGCGAGUAAGAUUGCGCAUACGAGGAUUGCGUUUGCGGAUCAAUGGUAUUAUUUUAACAGCCGAUUCAUAACGCGACUGAUACCUUCUUACCGAAAGCUCUGGAAACUGACGGAUGGCUGGAAUGAUAUCGUUCACCACUACGUGAGCAAGCGACUGAAGCGGUAUUUCGCAGCCGAGAAGCUAGACGAUAUAUUUAAAUACCUGCUCCACGGUAAAAACGGGCAGUCGUUGAAUCUGGAGUGGGGUGAGAUCGCAGCCGAGACUGCGGUGAUACUCGAUGCUGGGUCAGCCACGACGGCGAUUGCAUUGAAUAAUGUGAUAUACUGGCUCCUUCGGAGCCCGAGAUGUCUUGUGCGUCUUCGGGAAGAAGUUGACGACGCUCUUGAGGCCGCGGAUGUAAUUGCGCCAUAUGAAAAGGUCAAGAGCCUGCCAUACCUCCGAGCCUGUCUUGACGAAAGCCUUCGCAUAACUCCACCAUUCAGCUAUAACCUGCCGCGCCGCACUCCCUCAGACGGAGUAUACAUCCUUGGCGAGUUUGUCCCCGGGGACACCACUGUAUCAAUGUCCUCGUACGUCGCGCACCGAGACGAAGAAGCAUUCCCGGAAGCGGAAAAGUAUAUUCCUGAAAGGUGGCUCGGUGAGAAACGCAAGGAUAUUCAAUCGAGUUUCGUGCCAUUUAGUGCUGGCUCAAGGGGCUGCAUUGGACGAAAUAUUAGCUAUUUGGAGCAGACUGUUUUGGUGGCGAGUCUUGUGCAUCGGUAUGAAUUUGCCCUGCCGGGGCCAGAUUGGGAGCAGGAUCGCGUUGAGGUGACGAAUUUGUUGCCAGGGCCAUUGCCGCUGAAGAUUUGGAGAAGGGAGCAAUAUUUGUAAAUUGUCCUUUUGAAUAGUUAUUCCUUGGUAAUCGC